CGGCACCACCUCGCCCUUUCCGCCCUCCCGCCGUUCUCUCUCCCCCACGCGCUCGCUGGCCAGCCUCGGGAAGCCCGCUCCCCCGCUCCAGCGGCAGCGCCUCCGCUGCCGUCGGACGGAAGCACGCACCGGUCCGGCUCGUGCGCCCCAAACGACGGCGGCCGCCUCAUCGACUUGCCCGCCGUCGCGCUUCCCGGGUCGCAGCCGUGGGGCGCCGCCUUCACCACGCGGGGGUUCCUCCAGCAUCGCGUGGAACUCGUCCUCGCGCCCGGCAUUGUUGUAAAUUGGCCCAUAUUUCUGGUGGCUUCAUUGAUUGGCCAGGGGAGGGAACGGAAUCUGAUUGGGGUUUCAGAGGAUGAGCGGUGCUGCUCCUGAUGCGACAUGCCGGAAGCGGCUGAGGAGUCACGACAGCAAGAUUCAGAGUGAUGACAAAGAAGAGGGAAAGAAAAUGAGUGGUGGUGGCAGUGAGGUGAAGAACAGGAAGACAUCCAUAGCUGCCUUAUUUGAGACGGGGAAGCAAAAGGAAGGGAGAACCAACAGCAACAAGAACAUGAUGGCUGAUGACCAGGAGAAGGAGAGGAUUAUACGGAAUGGUCACAAUAAGGUGAAGAGUAUGAAGAAGGUGUCCCCUGCUUGCAAUGCCAACAAGAAGAAAAUGCAAAUUGAUGUUGAAGAGGAGGGAAAGAAUAGGCAUAAUGGGGACCAUAAGUUGGCGAACAGGAAGGAGUCCCCCACGUUAUAUGAGAAAGAGAAUAAUAAGGAAAAGAUGAACAAAACGCACAAAGAGAAGACGUGGGCUGCUGACCGCAAGGAGAGGAAGAUACUGAGCCGCCACAAUAGCAUAAAGAGCGGGGAGGUGGCCACUGCAUUCUUUGGGAACGAAAAGAAAGGAAAAAGGCUGAAGAAGACCAACAAUCAGGAGCUGCAGAGCGAUGAAGAUGAAGAAAAUGCACCAUUCACAACUGCUGUUAAGAAGAAGAGAAUGAGGCCCGGUGAGAGCCCGGAGGUGAUGAUGCGCCAUGAAAAAACAAAUAGAAGUGUGCCAUCUAUUGUAUCCAAAGAGAAGAAGAUCGAUACAUCAAGUGGUUCUAAAUAUAAGAAAAGGAGGAGGGAUCGCGCAUUACCCAAAAAAGGAAAGAUGAGUGAUAAUAAGAUUCAUAGUGGUAGGGUGCAGGAAAAGAAGAUAUGUGGUGGUGGCAAGGAAAAGAAUAAGUACACUCCCUUUGCAUUCUUCAAGUUCAUAUACAACAGGUUCGAGGAAUUUCUGCUCAUACCACCAGCUGUUGCACACAAGUUGGCAGAUUUGACUAAUCAACAUGUCUACCUUGAAGAUUCAGAGGAAAAACGUUCAAAGGUCAGGCUAUCUGUGGUGAAUGAUUCCCUCGCUUUUCAUCAGGGAUGGAAUAUUUUUGUUUCAGACCAUUCGAUUAAAUGGGGGGAGUUUCUGCUGUUUGAUUACAUUGCUAGGAAUACAUUUUCAGUGCGGGUUUUUGGUUUGAAUUCUCAUGAAAGGUUGAGUUUCAAAAAAGACCCAAAAAGAGCAGGACAUGGGGUUGGGUCUGGACCAGCGCCACAAGAUAACAAUAAUGAAAAUGAUGCAUGCAUCCGCAGCCAUAGAAAAACAUUAAUUAUGAUUUCAGAAUCAGGAGCUUCAGCACAUAAUGAGGAUGUAAUGAAUCUCACAACUUCAGAUGCAGAUUCAACACAUCAUGUGACUAUUAAUACCAACAAAGACCUUGAAAGAGUUGAAAGUGGCGUUGGCAAUUUGCCUGAUGGAGAGUGUGGAACCAAUUAUAUUUCAGCAGCAUGCAGUGAAAGAAAAACAAGUUCUGAAAUUGUAAAUGAUGCAGCUCCCUUAAUUCGUGAAAAUGAUGGUAGAGUGGGGCAUGAAUUACAAGUGCAUGAUUUGGAUGAAGAUUUAAUAAGGAAACAAGGGAUAAGUUGCACUCCUUUAGGUUCUAUAGUAACUGUGGAGAAACAUCAGAUACAUAACAAUAUGAAUAUCAGCCAAAACUCCUGCAGAAAAUAUGCAGCUCCUGGAGGUUUUCGAUGCUUGGAGAAGUGGUGGAGGGCGGGUCUGAAUAUUCGAGCAGCUCUUGAUGGCAUUGUACUGAUUGAACUUGAAAACACAAAAGAAACUGACAGUAAAUUGGUUGAUGGUUAUGGUUCAAUUGGGCUAAACACUAUGGAUGAGUACUUUUGUUCUGAGGGCAAUCAUACACAUAAUCCACCAGUAUUCACCAUGACUGUCAAAGAACCCUUAGGUGCUGACAGAGUAUCCAAAUGCAGACUUGGUGAAACAGAGAUUGACCAUAGUGUCAAUGAGAAAUGUGGAGGAGCUGCUGUUCAAAUUGAAACACAAGGGGAACAACUGGAACCUGUGGGAAGCAUUGUAAAUACCCAAAGGAAUAAUAUCCCUCUGUCUGUUAAUGCUGUAGUUCCAGACAAGUACAGUGCAAUAGGACUAAACCCUGUUGGACCAGAAGUAACUCGAAGCUUUGUCGAACCAAUGUUCACAGUGCCCAUUGAGAAAGCCUCGACUCCUGUUGAAAUAUCCAAAAAUGGAAGUAGCAAGACACAGAUUGAUCAUGAUGUCAAUGAAAAAGGAACUAUUGUUCAACUUGAAACAAAAAUGGAUCAGGUGGAGCCAGUGGGGAGCAGUGUCUGUAGCCAAAGUAGCAACAAAGCUAUGUCUGGCAACCGUGUGGCUGCACAUGUGUCCGAACAUUGUUUCUCCAAACAGGAAUAUAGAAAGUUUAUUAAUUGUGUGGUCCCAGAGUCUUUGUUGCCUAUGAAAGACAAAAUUAUGGAGUCGGAUGAUCAUUCUCUACUAAAGUUCAACUUGCAACUUUGCGUUCCUGAUACCACUCGGAAAUGGCUUGAGCUAUCGAAGUCGCUUCCCAAUGCUAUUAAACAGAAAAGGCAUGACCGGAACGUUAUACUGCUGAAGGAUCCCAUGAAGAGAUUAUGGCCGGUUCUUUACCACGAGAACCCGGUAUUUGUGGGCUUCACCGCGGGGUGGAGGCAUUUUGUCGCAGCAAACAACCUUCAGUCAGGGGAUCUCUGCGACCUCAUCAAGGAGCCAGAUGAUGACGAGCCGGUGUACUCCGUUCUCAUCACACGACAGUGACUGCGAUGUGUGCAUUGUGUAUAUCUAUCAUCUUUUGCAAAAUCCUGAAGUCCACCUUAUCCGUGCACUUCUUCUAGGAAGUCAUGUGAGAACCAUGCGGAUCUGCCGUUUGGGAUGUACAUAGUACCACCGCCUUUGACGAUCUGCAUCCUAGAAAUAUUCCAUAGAAGUCAGGCUGAAGGUUACAUGUAUCAGACAUUGGAACUAGUCCAUGAUCCUGGUAAUAAUAGGACCGUGCCCUGAGCUGCAACUGGGUAGAGAUUUCAAUAUAAUGUGCUGGUAGUGUUGCUCUCGCCUUUAUUCGUCAAUGGCAUGGAGUUUAUUUGCACUUUACGGUCCUUGUGCUUAGAGCAAGCACGUUCGCGUCUGAAGGAGACCUUGUAAGUUGGACUUACCUUUCCUCC